CCACGCCCACGCCGUCAGUGAGGCAAAAAUUCGCUGGCGCUGGGUCGCUUCCUUCUUCCAUCGGAAGACAAAAAUCCGCGGUCUCUGCACCCCGCCCUCCCCACACUGCUGCAUCCUCUUUUUGUUCCCGCCUUCUGCACGCUGUCAGAGAAACCCCUCCCAACCCCCCCCGAAAAUGGCGGCCUCUCGCGCGCCGCCGGCCUCCGUCGCCGCCGCGACAGAUGGGGGCAUCGAGGAAAACGCGAUGGCAAUCCUCGACUCCUCCGGCAUCAAGGACUCCCGCGACCUCCACGACGACCGAGCCGCCUUCUUGGAGGCCGUGCGCUCCGCCUGCCUCGCCGCCGACAACCCAUCGGCCCCAUCGUGGAGAAUGUACGAUGGUGUUUUCCAGAUUUUUCGAAACAGUAGGUCUCUGGAGCUUGCGGUGGCAAGUUUCCAUCUCUUAACAGAAUUGGGCAAGCAAUAUCCAAGAACAUAUGUGACAGAUUCUGGUGGACACCAAUCUUUGGUGGUAGUUAAAGAGUGCUGGUUACCUUUUCUCCUUGGCAAUGGUGCUGUUAGUAGUGAGAUUGGGGGAAACGUGAGGAACUCAGAUCACCUAUUUGAUCCUUCAAGAUUCUCAUUGCUGAUUGAGGCUAUUGUGGAACCAACAAAUGACACAGAUGAUGAUAAUGGAAUUAAGGCUAUCGAGAAUAUGAUGCUGUUCCAGUAUCUUGUCAACACACUUGAAGCAGAUUUUGUGCCUCGCCAUAUUGCAUACAAAGAGUCACUAGACUGGGUGAUUUUCAGAGAGUCUCUCUUAAAUAUGCUUCUGGGAUCACGAAAGCUGAUGUUCAAAUCUUUCGUGAAGAACUGCAUGUUUAUUCUACUCAACCAGUAUCACCCUGAAGCUAAAGAUGAAGUUGAAGAUAUCGUACCUUCUGAAAGAAAAGCUAAAUCAGCAUCUGAUCACGAUUUCUCCCUAAACUAUUCAUCCUUCGAGUCAGAAAGGACACUCGUAUCUCUCAGGAAAUUAUUUGUGAUGGUUAUGAAACUUGACUUGAUUAGGAAAGAAGCAGACACAUUAGGGCUAACUUCAAGAGCUGACGGGUUCAGAAACCCUAUCAUGGAAAUUAUUUUGGAUGAGCUUACCUACAACAGCAGUUAUUUAUCCCCAUUUCUCUUGGCCUUUGUGGAAGGGAAGUGGAAAUUGGAGAUUAUUUUGCAGUACUUUUCAAAAUAUUGUGGCAAGGGCCCAGUCCGGACUCGAAGGAGGUCUGAUAAUUCACAAGAAGAUUUGAAACUGGAAAGUGUUCUGAGUUUCUUUUUGACAGCCACAAGCGCAAAUGCUAUUGUCAAAAAGAUGGGUGCAGAAAUUGCUCAGCUUCUCUUAACACAUGCUUACCAGUUUUGCAGAUUCAUCUUAGCAGUCCAAGUUACCUGCUUCUCUGGAAAUAGUUUUUGCAGAUUGCUCCAACGACCUAAUUAUUCUAGACAAAUGAUUGCCACCCUAAGUUACCUGCCAAUCAGGUGGGAUUUGUUAUAUCACAAAAUCAUCCAGAUGAACCAUAAUUGUGUGUCUUGCUGGCACUUCCUUUUACAUAACAUAUAAUAUGGGGAAAAUUAAGUCUGUGACAUGACAAACAAGCUGUUUUACAGAGAUAAGAUAGCUUUGAAUUUGCAGGAUGAUAUUGUCAUCUUUGUUCUGUAAAAUAAUGUUUCCCCUUGAAUGUCGCUUAGCUUUUAUAUUUAAAUAGCAUGAACACCCUUUCCCCUGUCACCAGUCGAUCCCUCUACAACCAGCCCAUUGCUGUGAACAUCUCCUAGGUUGUAAGCCACUUAACCACUGUCAUGGUCCUGAAUUCCUCUGCAGUGAAUUUUCUGGUGACUUCCAAAAUAACAUGAGGGCAACAACAGCAUUUCAGCUACCCAUAUAAACAGUGUCUGCAAUGCUUUUAACUUUUAAUUCAAGAAAGCAAUCUUAAGUAUUAUUGAUAAACCUGUAGCUGUUAACUUAAAUCCCUGUGUUUGAUGUUCCUAAUUUGCUCGUUAUGUUCUUUUGAUACAUUUCCAGCUACUACAUCCGAUCUAUUCAGAUUUAUU